UUUUACCAAUUGCUAUUCUGAAAUCUGAUUGUUGGUACUUGGUGGACCGUUUUGACGUUCUAUUGCCUCUCAACUGAGUUAUAAUAUGUACCGUUUUUUAUGCCGUUUCGUUUAAAAUAAUUUAUAUAUUAUUUAUCUUUUAACAUAAGUAUCGCGUUUACCGUCAGAAUGUCGGGUUAUGAUGCGCGUAGCGAUGGACCCAGUUUUGUUGGGAUUCGUUUCUGUCAAGAAUGUAAUAAUAUGCUUUAUCCAAAAGAAGACAAGGAACACAAAGUCUUAUUGUACGCUUGUCGUAAUUGUGAUCAUAGACAAAUGGCCGAUAGCAAUUGUAUCUAUGUUAAUAAAAUUAUGCACGAAAUUAAUGAACUAACUCAUAUUGUAUCAGAUGUUACAUCUGAUCCAACGCUGCCUAGGUCAGAAGAUCAUCCUUGUCCAAAAUGUAAACAUCGAGAAUCUGUCUUUUUCCAAGCUCAAACUAGACGGGCUGAGGAGGAAAUGAGGUUGUAUUAUGUCUGCACUAAUCCGCAUUGCAUUCAUCGUUGGACAGAGUCGUCAAUAUAAUAUGUUUUUAAAGUAAUUAAAAUGUAUCCUAAAAUUAUAAACAUUAAUGUCAUUCUAAAAUUGUAGUAAAAGAACAUUUUCAACAUCCUUUUUAUAUUUCUUUAUAUGUUUUUAUAGAACAGGAAAUAAAUAUAUAUAUAUUACAUUACAUUUA